UAUCCGGUCUCUAUACGAAAAGGCUGCUGCAGAAAAAUGCAAGUGCAAAGAUAACGAGGCAGUCUGUGUUAUUGGAAGCACACAAACGUCGCCAUGGCCAAGAGCAAAGCCUGGCUCCGUUCGGAGAAAAGCGGCUACUGAAGCUGUCGGCUCCCCGGCGAAUAAACGCGGAAGGAACGGAGGAAUGGAUUCUACGGCCACAGUGCAAGCAAAUAAAGACAGCGAGUGGACCGAGGUCAAAAAGAAGGAAAAACGGCCCAAACCGAAGAAUGUUGCCACCACAGGAAAACUGAGGCCAGACGCAAUCAUCAUAGAGAAAAAAGGUGAAAGCUCGUAUGCCGACAUCCUAAAAAAGGUUAAGAGUGAUGAGAACUUUAAGAGUUUCGGGGAUUCCGUAUCCAAAAUACGACGCACCCAGAAAGGCGAUCUUCUUAUCGAACUCGCGAAAUCAUGCCCAAAGUCGGCGGAAUUAAAGGCCCUUGUGAGUGCUACCCUAGGGGACGAUGCUUCGGUAAAGACAUUUACUCACCGAAUCCUGGUAGAAUGUAAAGACAUCGAUGAGGUUACAACCAAAGAAGAGGUAUACAAUGCUAUUAAAUCAUUGCCUGGUCUUGAAGGUAUUGAGAGUUCAGAUAUAACUGGUCUGCGCCCUGCUUAUGCUGGCACUCAAACAGCUACUAUUAGCUUACUUGCUCCAAAAGCUAAGAAACUGUACAGUAAAGGUAGGAUGGGUUAACUGUCGCAUCCGCGAAAGGGUCCAGCUGAAAAGUGC